UAGAAUCUUGUCCCAAUUGUUCCCAUAAGCCAUGACAUGUCCCUGCAGCUGGAGGCCUUUCAAGGACAGCAUGGGAGGCCUCACAGGCCCAGUGUGGCCUGUAAAGGAAGCUUCUCUCCAGUUGUCCCUUUGGCUUGGCAGCAUCAUCCAGCAGCUCCUCAGUCUGCAUCUGUUACAGGUGUAUGAUGAUAACGAUGCAUGCUCUCCACAGAGUGGCUGGAUGGGCCUUGGACAAUCACUCAGCGAAAAACUCUUCUCAAGGAAAGAUCCAAAGUGUUCAAAGGUGAAGGGUGCCAUCUUCUUCUUCACUGAUUCAGAAGAUACGGAGAACUGUCCCAUUUCACCCAUAUUCCUGACCCCGAUUUUCAAUAGUGUUCCUAACCCAAAGCUCUUCCAUUGGCCAUCAUGGAGUUAGCUAACAGCCCAGGGAACUGGUCUCUUUCCCUUUUCCCCUUAUCACCAGGCACUCAACUGGAAAGGGCAAUCAGAUGGCUCUAUAUCAGACCCCACCACCCGGUCUUUGAAAUUUAUGUCCUACCAGUGCCACAGCCCCCUCCCCCACUUCUGCACUACUCCCAAGAGAGACCCAUCCUCAGCAGCCUAGUAUGUGAUGCUAGUCCCGGAAUGCUGUAUUCUGGAUGUCUACUCAAAGCCAAACUCCAAUUACUGUCUUUUUUCCCUUUAUUCAAGAACAAUGCUAGCAUCUUUUCAUUGCCUACAUCUCUCUUUCUCUAGAGCUCCUGGAGGGCAAGACACUGUUUCUCAUAUAUUUCUGGAUCCUUGGAGCUUAGCUCAGAGCUUGGCAUAGAUGCUCAGCAUGAGCUUUUCUGAAUAAAAUAAUUUCAAAUGC